AUGUCGAUGCUACAACAACCUAAUAAUAUGGCGGCGAUAAUACACUCGCAACAGCAACCCACACCACACCAACAGGCUGGGCAUGCGGAAAGUAUCUCAAAUACUACUGCUAAUGGAGAAACUGAUAACGGUUUUGCUUCGCUACCUGAAGCUCCAGUACCUGUACAUGCACCUGAAGGCUUUCUAUAUGAAUGGUGGACAGUAUUUUGGGAUGUUUACAGUGCAAAACUGGGUCGUCCGGGAAAUCAUACGUUAGAAGCUCAACGAUAUGUUGAUCAACAGAAUCGUAAUAAACAAGUACGAAUGAGGCUCAUUUCUGAAGGAUUAAAUCAAAACGGGACAUUUCCAUACCAACAAAUGGGCGUACCGAAUCCACAACAAAUAGCACAGCAACAACAUCAACAGCAACAAAAUCAAGGACAUCCAGGUCAAGUUAAUGUUGCGACUGCCCCAACAGCAGUACAUCAACGUCAACUCCAACAACAAUUUCAGCAACUUCUUGCGGCUCAACAACAACAACAACAACAGCAGCAGCAACAACAACAUCAUAAUCAGCAACCAAAUGUUGCUGCGCAUCAACCAACUCAUCCAAAUCAAUUUGGUAAUCGACCUGUUGUUAAUGGAAUGAUGAAUAUUGACUCACCUAACGCUAACCCUGAUAAUAAUAUGGUAUUAGGUAAACCAUUUCAUCCAGCAAUUGCGCAUGGACAGUCACCAACAUUAUCAGCUCUUCGAACGAAGAGAACGGUAGAUGUAGUGAGUAAUGGUACACCCACAAUAGCAGGACAAACUUCUUCGUCACCUUCUAAACGACCAAGAACAAUGCAACCAGACGCGCAAGCACAAAUGAAUAUGGGACCAACUGCGUUGAUGUUAACACAACCAAUUUCAAAUAUGCCGAACUCACCUGGUAUACCGCCCAAAACCCCCCGUCAACCUCCUCUUACCAAAAGAAGGCAGCAACAGCAACAGCAGCAGCAGCAAAGAACACAACAAAUGGCCACAGCAGGAAUAACGGCCAAUCAACAACAGCAGCAGCAGCCACAAAAAUCAAUAUCAUCACCAGGUGUAAAUCAUUCAAUGUCACCGAUUGUAAAUAAUAACAAUAAUAAUCAAGGGAACGGAGAAAUCAAUAAUUUGAUUAAUAAUGCCACUGCGGGAAUGGCGAAUUUAACGAAUACUAUAUCGAGUAUGCCCAUGAACUUAAGUGCUAAUCCUGCGAUUGGAAUACGACCUGGGAUGAUGACUUAUCCAAUGUUCGGGCUUGCUCCAGGUGCAGUUCCUGCGAAUAUGAUUAGAACUGCUGGAACUGAGAAACUGUUAGCAGGUCAACGACAAGAUUUAGAUUCUUAUAAUAAAAAUAAAAAUCAACCGAACACUGCUUCCAAGACAACUCCUAAUCAAUCACAAUCUAGUCAACCGGGCGGGGUUGCGAAUACUCCAAAUUCCAUAUCAACUCCUCAAAAUUCAAUUGUUGCAACUACGGUACAAAAUGCUCAAUCACAACAACAAAAUCCACAGCAAACGAAUACAAAUGUCUUUUCAGAAGCAAGUUUCGAUAUGAAUGGUGUUACUGGUGCUAGCGCAACAGAUAACAUUUUUGAUCAAUAUUUAGAUUUAGAUAACGUACUCGCUUCACCAUCGGGUACUGGUCAAAAUGGUACAGCUGGUAAUGAUGGAAGUUAA